UUUGCCAGUUGGAAAGAAAAGGAUGCUGCUAUGCAUCAAGUUCUCAUUUUAUCACAUGGGCCGAUGCAAAUUGGUCAAAACGAACCAAAAACGCGCCAAACUGAGAUGUGCAAAUCGGUAGCGUCACCAUUACUGUUUGGAAUUUCGAUUUGUGCACAUGGACCGACGCCCAUGUGAAGUGUAUAUAUUCUGUAAAAGAUCCGAUAAUUGUGUUAUUUGAUUCGAGGGCAUAAACUGCUUAUAACAGUCUGUUACUAACGCAAAAAUUUGGCUUGAAGCUAAUAAAGUGAGAAGAAAAAUCGUGGAAGAAAAAUAAACGCGACAAAAUGGCACAGAGUUUUCAAGAAAAUGUUCGUAAUGAUGACAGCUUGAUGCAAUUGUUGAGCCUCGUUGAUAAUAAGGCAAUCGGCGACAAUGGCGAAAUCCGAAUCGGUGAUUUUCAAGGCACUUGUGCAAAAAUCACAACGAUCAACACAAAGAAUCCACGUGAGUACACACGCCGGAUUGCGUGGACAUUGACUGGACGCUUACUGUUAGGCUUGACCACAUAUCAUGACAUUCAAGUGCGGUUAUGUCUAGAGGAAAGUCGUCAGCUCUUGGGCAAAUGCAGCGGUCGAUUGUUCGACAUUGAAAAAGUAACAAAACGCAAAACCAAACAAGUGAUCACAAAAUCGAAGAACAAGAAAGCGCGUACAGUCGAAGUGGUUGAAGAGGAAGAGACUGAAAACGAAAGAGUUCGCUUCUGGGAAGUGCCGCUUGUGUUAGACAAAAAUGACAUCACCAAAUAUCCGGAUACGACAUUGGUUCCAGCUAGCAAAGUCACACUGCGUGAGAUUGACGAGCCGACAAUGCCCGAUUUUGUCGGAAUCGAUGCAUCGUUGGAGAAUGGUUUUGGUGACGAUGGGUUUGGUGUGUUCGAAGAGGAAGACGAGGAAAUGGUGGCGAUGGAUGACGCCGAAUUGAAUAACACUCGAUCGAAUGACUUGGUGGGUAUUGUUCCACGUCACCCUUCGAUCGAUUUGGACGAGAAUAUGAAUAACGUUGACGAGCUGGACAUCGACCUGGAGUCGAUUGGCAAUCGAUCUGAACAAGCAGCCGGAGCACCACCACCACCAGAGCCAAGUGUGCGUCGAAAGGAAAAUCCACUCAAUUUGCUGGCCAAAGUGACGCCGUUAGCACCACUAGCUGUUACAGCAUUGCGAAUCGGCGGUGGAAAACGUAAACGCUCGAUUUUCAAAGAUGAGGACAAGAUUAUUUCGAAUCGUUUGAUGAGAAAACGCACAACAAACGCAACAAUUGGUUGCAACGUUCGCCGAUCUAAUCUCAUGACGCAAGAUAAGCAGGCGAAACUGAACAAGGUCGAUAUCUUUUCGUUGCCCAUUAUGAACGGUUUUUUCAUUCGUGAAUUGUUUGCACGCACGGCGAAAAUGCGAGUGGCUGACACCGAUUGGACAACGAUUAAAGAUGGUUUCAACGAUUCAAGAUUUGAGACUGGUGACCAAAAUCAAUCGAACGGUUCGGAUGGUUCGAGUGAAAUCGAGAUUUUGCGGAACGAAAGUGAAAGUCGCAUUCAAACACGAAGCAGCAGCCGAUUGAGCCGCGUCAGUGACUCAGUUCCAAUUCAACCGGCACUCACAUCGACUCCGAUUCGUGCAUCACAGCAAUCGGUCAACAGUUUUAAUGCGCCACGAUCCCAGAGUGAUCUCUUCGAUCCAUCGCCAUCAUUCCAAGACAGUGCUCUUAUGCCACCACCAGACUUCCUAAAUGCCAGCCGAAGUCGCAUCGUGUUAAACGACCAAUCAAUUCCACAUUUGAACGAAAAAAAUGUGCCCGAAAUUGAUUUCAAUGAGUCUCCACUAGUCGAACACCACGAUUUGGCAACUCUGCUCGGCGAAAAUUCAUUGGAAUACACAAUAAUGCAAACGUUGAUGAAAUUGUGGCGGAAGGAUAACGUACACCCAAUCAAAGUUGAACACUUGUUGACACCACGCUGCAAUCGUUUCCAAGCCGCCAAAACAUUCUCAUCACUUUUGAGCCUCAAGAAGAAGAAAUUGGUUCAACUGGAGAAUUCAGCUGAUGGCAGAAUUGCUCACAUUUCACAAGGUGAAAGUUUGACGUCAAUCGCCGAUUAACUCUAGCAAUAGAGUGCUUCAUUCGGAUGACGCAAUAGAAGAUCCCAUUCUAAUAUCAAUCCCUAGUAUAUUUUGAUCGAUUCAAUCAUACCGAAUUUCGAAUCUUCGAAUAGUUCCAGUGAGAUUUUUUUCCAGAGAACAAAGAAAUCCCACUGAAAAUUGUUAAUAAUAAUAAUAAUGUUCGGCACCAAUGGCAUUUCUUUGCCUAAGGUGGUUAACAUAAAUUAUUUUUCUUGUAAAAAGCGAACCGGUAAUUGGUUUAAUUAGGAUUCACUCAUUUCCGUUCACUUUUCUCUUUUGGGACAUUCAGUGGUCGCAUUGCAUUUAUGUAAAUUGCUCAUUUUUUUCACCUAAGUUCAAUGGGUUAACUAAAUUUUCACCGAAAUUUUCAAACGGCCAUUAUUGAGGUAAACAUCGAUUUAAUUGCUUGAUACCAAAAAUUACAGCUAAUUUUUGCGAUCAUUUCAAAACUAUUUGUGAUAUUUUAAUCCGAUGGCCUAUUUAGGAUAAAAAUUAUACUGAGUGCCCAAAGAUGAUUCUAUGAGUAAAUAUGUCUAAAUUGAUGAAGAGUUCAAGAGAAUUGUAUUGAAUACAUUCACAUUGUCCAGAGGCUAAUAUGUGUCAGGAAACAAGUCAUAUAUGUAGAAUAAUUUAAUAUGAAAUAAAAAUUGUUUAUAAUCCAUUCAAA